CUCUUGCUGUCCCUUACUUUGAAUACCUCAAACGCAAAGUUUUAGCCACAUCCAGUUGUAUAAAAUUUACAGCAUGAAGGACUACUUUGAGGUAAACUGAAACACUGUGACCUUGUUCAUUCCUUCAUUCUCUUAUAAAAAGUAUUCGUACUAUAGCAUUAUAGUGCCAUUCAUACGAGUCUUAUAUGAUAGCAUAUUGAUUAUCGUCUAUCAAACUUAAGUCAUUGAUAUUCAUUUUGACUCAAUUGUAAGAGCCCUUCUCUUUCUUGUGUGUGUUAUUUGAAGUUUUCAUUUUUUUUGACAAAUUCUGUUCUUCAACUAUUCAAUGCAGCUGGACGACUUUUUUAACACUGAUUGAGGAUGGCCAUUUUAAGGAAGCGACAGAAGAAAUCUAAAGCAACGUUCACGGUAGAAGACCUUUACUCAAAAAGUGCAUGCAGGCUUCUUUGUAAGGAACACGAAAACACGUACGAGGCUUUUCUUGAGCAGUACGAAUUCUUUGAUUUUCAAUGGAACCCACUUUUUGAAUCAGUAACUGAAACAGUUCCUGCAAUUUUGAAAAUAAAACGUUAUGACGGAGAAUUGCUGUUACAGUUUUAUCCUUAUACGGAGAAGAAAAUCACACCUCGAACCAAUCUUCCCGUUAUUUGCGAAGUUAACAUGUCGAGAAGUGAUAUUAAAUUAAAGUUUCCUGUACUAGAAUUAUGGUCCAGACUAUGGGAUAGUUAUCGCUCUUUAAGAAACUACCUUUGCUUUCACUGCACGAUACAACGACGCGAUCAGUGCGUUAAUUGUUCCAUCGGUGUGUUUAUUCAAUUCACCAGUCUUGAAGAUAUCAACGCAGUUUAUGUUUCCGGUGCUUCAUCACCGCUUACAAAUCUUUUUGAUUUCGUGUUCCCACUAAAAGAAAAUGACAGGAAUCUUGUAACAUGUUCUCUAUUUUAUGAAAGUUCACGGAACUUAGCAGCUACUUUGGAAGCCGAUAACUUAGCGAAGAACGAUAAAAUACAUGCAACAUUCUUACCAUUUCAGAAACGGGCUAUCACAUGGAUGGUAAAGCGGGAAAGGCUUGAUCGAGACUGUAAUGGCUUGCCUCCAAUGUGGGAGAGUAUACGUUUAGAUGCGGAAAGCAAAGACAUGCUUCUUUAUAUCAACAGAGUGUAUGGUUAUAUCACUCCUUCAAGGAACACAAUGAUUCAGUUGUUCGACGAAAGCAUUAUAAGAGGGGGAAUCCUUGCCGACGAAAUGGGAAUGGGGAAAACUCUAGAAGUUAUAGGAUUAAUUGCUUCUAAUCCAUGUUCAGAAGAGAUAGCUAAAACUACUGUAUAUGAUCCCGUCGUUUGUGCUGGCGUUCCAACUUGUCAUUCAACAUUGAUUUUUACGCCCUCGACUCUUUUGGAACAAUGGCUUUCCGAGUUAAAAAAAUUUGCUCCAUCUUUACGUGUUCUACAUUAUAAAGGAGUUAAGAAGUUAAAAGAAAACUUUAAGUUAAGUGAUUUUCAUAAUUAUGAUGUUGUGCUUGCAAACUACAGUGAUCUGCAUUCCGAACUUCUCUACGCACAGUCAAACGAACGUUUAUUCAGAAAUGCAAAGAAAUAUGUUCCUCCAAAGUCGCCGUUGAUUCAGUUUUGCUGGUGGAGAAUAUGUCUUGAUGAAGCACAAAUGGUAGAGAUGACACAAGCUCAAGUUGCACAAAUGCUUUAUCGAAUUCCCAGACACAAUGCAUGGGCAAUAAGUGGAACUCCCGUACGACAUCAUGUAGAAGAUUUGUUUGGACUUCUAUACUUUCUUCGUUAUAAACCUGUAUAUCUUGCUAAAAAACAAACUUGGAAUCAGUUAAUCACGCUACACAGAUCGAAACAGUUCUGUGAGCUGUUUUUUCCGAUAACAUGCAGACACACGAAAAAUGCUUUUGGCAAUGAACUUCAUUUACCUAGCCAAAAACAGUACUUGGUAAAAACCCAGUUUAGUCCAAUUGAAGAAACAAACUAUCGUGAUUUAUUAAAAGAAAGUAUGAUGCUUUUAGCAAUUGAUGAUUCAACAGACUUAAGCUCAUGGAUGAGUACUUUUGGAAACAAUAAACUAGACAUACUGAGACGUUGGGUCACUCGACUACGUCAAACAUGUUGUCACCCUCAGGUUGGAAGCGGAAACAAGUCGGCAUUUAUGGAUGAGGGAAUGAAAACGAUACAGGACGUGUUAAAGCUCAUGGUUAACAAUACUAUUUCCUCCAUCUAUCUGAAGGAAUUUCAAUACUUCUCUAGCGUAACGCGAUCUGCUUGGAUUUAUGAUCAUAUUUACAAUUUCACUAAAGCAAUUGAGAUGUGGAAAGAUGUUCUUAAACUCGUGGACGCACACUUGCAUAAUGGAUUCUCUAAUAUCUUAAGUCCCUCUUUCAUCGAGAUUGGGGCAUCAAACCCAAUAAUUUCAGAAUGCAUUAACUCGUUUCUGGAAAAACACUCGCGUUCAUGGAAGUUGUUGAAACACCGGCUCUUGUUUUUCAUUGCAAGUUCUUACAAUUCUCUUGAAGAUACAAAAAAGGAAGACGAGUAUUAUGCACUUGCAAAGGAAACGCGUAUCGACCUUAUGCGCGAUGCUUCUGAAAAGGUUAAUCAGUCGGUUACACAUCUAAUUGAACGCUCUCAAAGUAGUUUGUUUUCAAAUCUUCCAAGAUUCUCUAUGCGGCAAUGUAAUGAUAUAUUUAACCAACCAAAAACUAACCUUGAUGCUCGUCAAUUGACAAAUACCCUAAAUGUACAGGCGGAUGCAAUUGAGGAGUUGCGCGAUCGCGUAUUGCACAUUCUUCAACUUCCACUUUUUGACCAAGACUCAACUCCUUCAGGAGAUGAGUAUGAGGAAAGUCUACUAGCACAAAGUUUGGCUGAUUAUGGUCUUGAUGUACUUCACUGUAUGAUCUUGGAUCGGCAGUUCGCACUGAACGGUGCAACCAGUUUUUCGCCCGAUUUAAUUACUGCAACUGCCGAGCAACGAUUAAAUGAAGAACUUGCAAAAUAUGAGGGUGAAGCUGGCGAGGACGAAGAAAAGAGAAACAAGGGUUUAGUACAUGACCAGAAUGUUAGGGAUCUUCUCGACACUAGAAAUGCUUGUAAACCGACAUCUCAGGUGAAUGGGACACUCCUCGCUCUUAUUGAUCGUGAAACAUCCUCUGCUGAUGAUUCACGAUUUUACAACGCCCAGCUCGCGAGAAACACACUUUUAAAAGAACAUACUGAUAGCGUUAAUGGUCUGGAAAAACAACUUGGUUUACUGCGUUCGGUGUACAAUGUGCGUGUUGUAUAUUAUAAGCAAUUGCAGGAAAUUAGCGACACUCUUUUAGUAUCAGAACCCUCUUUGUUUUUGUCAAAAGACAAAUAUCAUGCUCUACAGAACCAGUCUUCUAUUGAACGAAGUGAGUGUUGUUUGCAAACAAUGCUGAACUUUCAUGAAGAGCGGCUGAAGAGAAUGAUACGCGACGAAAAGACCAGUGCAACGGAGCAGACGUUAUCUGAAAAAACCAGACAUCAUCCAAAUUCAGACCCGAUUCACGAAAGGAACUUUUACGGCUAUGUUUACGAGCUGGACAAGUCAAAUGAAAAGGAACAGCAAAUGAAAACCGAGUUGCUGAAAUUGGGCUCACGACAACGAUAUCUAAACAGUUUGAUCAAGCAAUUGGACGACUCUGAAAGCAGUCAAGAAUGUGUGAUUUGUCGGGAUACAAUCAUACGCGGCUGUAUCACCGUCUGUGGACACAAGUACUGUGUGAGCUGUCUCUCUGCAUGGCUAGCCCACCAUAAAUCCUGUCCAAUAUGCAAACAGCAUUUGGGCCGAUACGAUGUGUACAUAAUUAACAACCAAGCAGCAAGUGCUAGCCUGGCUCAACAAGAAGGCAGCCUUCAAAAUGAGAAGAUUGGCUAUUAUUACCCUUUCGACAAAAAUGCCAUGGACUCAAUGAAAAAAAUUAAACUAAAGCAGAGCUUUAGUUCGAAAAUUGAUACAAUUGUAAGACAUUUACUGCAUAUACGCUCGCAGGACGUUUUCGCGAAGGUGGUCGUGUUUUCACAAUGGGCCGAUGUGCUCGAUGGCCUGCAUUUGUCUUUUCGCGCCAAUGACAUUUCCUUCGUCAAAUUUGAUGGACGCAAGAGGGGAAAAAGCAUUCAGGAUUUUGUCAAAAACCCCACUAAACAGGUGCUUACAUUACACGCACAUUCUCAAUCCUCCGGUUUGACACUUAUUGCAGCAACCCAUGUAAUUCUAUGUGAACCAUUGCUGAAUCCCAGUCUAGAGCUUCAGGCUAUUUCGCGGGUGCAUCGAAUUGGACAAACGAAGCCUACUUCCGUUUACGUCUACGUUACCGACAAUUCCAUUGAGGAGGAGAUUCUCCGGUUGUCAAUUCAAAAACGGCAGCAGGUCGUCACAGCAACUGAUGAGGCAUUGGCCGCGAAUACCGUCAUCACGGGUGAGAAUGCCACGGGAGAUGAACUGUUCAGAUGCUUCCAAAUGUCCAUAAUGCGUCAGACCAUGGUUUGACACCCCCGUCAUUCAAUGCUAGCUAAUCUAAAUCAAUUCAUUUUCUCCUCCUCCGAGCUCUAUUAUUCCUCCUCCGCAACUUGCGUGUCGGCUUCGUCGGUAGUUUUAAAGAAAUC